AUGCAAGCCUUGAGAAGCAUUUUUGUGUGCUCUUUCUUAUUUCCCUUCUUAAGAAUCUCCACUCCAACAACACCAGACACAAUUACUCCAAAUCGAUAUAUUAGAGACGGUGAAAGUCUAGUUUCAGCAGGUGGAAGCUUUGAACUGGGAUUCUUUAGCCCUGGUAAAUCAAAUGGUCGAUACUUGGGAAUAUGGUACACUGUUGAUACUGAGGCAGUUGUAUGGGUAGCCAACAGAGAAACACCACUUGGCGAUACUUCAGGAGUUUUGAAGGUCACUGAGCAAGGAGUUCUAGUCCUUCUCAAUAGCUCAAACAGCAUUGUAUGGUCAUCCAAUACAUCAAGAACUGCAGGGAAUCCAGUAUCACAACUCCUGGAUUCAGGAAAUCUUGUUGUGAAAGAUGGAAAUGAAACCAACCCUGUUAACUUUUUGUGGCAGAGUUUUGAUUAUCUUUGUGACACAUUCCUACCAGAAAUGAAGCUUGGUUGGGACUUAGUUACUGGUUUAGAGAGGUACGUCUCGUCUUGGAGGAGCAAAGACGAUCCUGCUGCUCGAGGAGAGUUUUCGUUACGGAUAGAUCAUCGUGGUUUCCCACAAGCUGACGUUGAUGGGUAG